AUUACUAGGGGUAUUUCAGAUGGCGAAGCGACCGGACGCAUUCCCUCCUCCCCUCCUCCUUCUCUCUCUUCUCCUCCUCCUCCUCGCCGGUCGGGGUGCCCACGGCCGCCUGAUCUCGACCUCGGCGGCGGCGGCGGCGGACGAGGAGGAGCAUCUGAUCUCCGAUGGAGUCACCCGCGACGGCGCAACCCGGUCGGACCCUGUUCUCCUUCUCCGGCGGAGCGCGGGAUACUCGAGGCUCUUUUCCGCGGAGGAGUGCGAGCAGACGUACGGCUUCCUCCCGUGCACCACGACGGUGGUCGGAAACUUGUUUCUCGCGGUGGCGUACGGGUUCUUGAUGUUUAAGGGCGCGACCUAUCUCUCCACGGGGAGCGAGCUGCUGCUCGAGAUCCUGGGUCCUGGCAUCGUUGGCGGUCUCUUCCUCCCCAUCCUCGGCGCCCUCCCCGAUGCCAUGCUCAUUCUCGUAUCUGGACUUUCUGGGAGUAAAGAGACUGCCCAAAAUCAGGUCUUGAUUGGGAUGGGAUUGCUUGCUGGAUCAACUGUCAUGCUUCUAACAUUACUUUGGGGUUCUUGUGUUGUUGUUGGCAAAUGUGACCUUUCAGAGAAUUCAACUUCAAUAGAUUUGCAAGAUACAAAAGGUUUUAGUCUAUUCGGGUCUGGCAUUUCAACUGAUCUACAAACUAGCUAUGCUGCAAGGAUAAUGGCCAUAUCUAUUGUUCCAUUUAUUAUUGUUCAACUACCAAAAAUUUUCAAGUUUCCUUCAGGACAGCGCUUAGCAGUCUUGUUUGCUCUCAUUGCUUCGGCUGCACUUGUGCUUUCCUAUUGCUUGUAUCAGAUCUUUCAGCCAUGGAUUCAAAGGAGAAGACUAGCGUAUGCAAAGCAUAAACAUGUAAUAUCAGGAAUUCUGAGACAUGCUCAGAUGCAAUCCCUUGGACGGCUUCUUGAUGAUAAUGGAAAUCCUGAUGGGGAUGUUAUAAGAAAGUUGUUUCACAGAUUAGAUUUGAAUUCAGAUGGGAUAAUAUCAUCUAAGGAGUUAAGAGCACUUAUCAUAGGAAUCCAGUUUGAAGAAAUAGACUUGGAUAGGGAUGAUGCUGUAGAAAAAGUAAUGCUAGAAUUCGAUACAUCUCAUAAUGCUUUUAUUGAGGAAGAUGAGUUUGUUGAAGGAAUCAAAAAAUGGAUUAAUGAGGCAAAACGUACCAUUGUAACAACUUCUGGUGCUUACUCACAAAGAUUCUUGCAUGACUUUCAUAUGAAAACGAAGGAAGAACAUAACAUGUUAAUUGAUAAAAGUGAUGAGGCGGUAGAAAGUAUCGAUAAUCCUACUUGGACAUGCUUGAAGGCUGUCUUACUUUUGCUGCUGGGAACUGUUAUUGCAGCUGUAUUUGCUGAUCCUCUUGUAGAUGCUGUUGACAAUUUUUCACUUGCUACAAACAUACCUUCUUUCUUUAUCUCUUUCAUUGCAAUGCCUUUGGCUACUAACUCCAGCGAGGCUGUCUCAGCAAUUAUUUUUGCCAGUCGAAAGAAGCAAAGAACUUCGUCACUGACAUUCUCCGAGAUAUAUGGUGGAGUGACCAUGAACAACACGCUCUGCUUGGCUGUGUUCUUGGCCCUUGUUUAUCUGAGACACUUGACUUGGGACUUCUCUGCUGAAGUGCUGGUUAUUCUUGUUGUUUGCAUAGUGAUGGGACUGUUCACCAGCUUCCGCACCAAAUUCCCACUCUGGACAUGCUUCAUCGCAUACCUGUUAUACCCAUUGUCUCUGGUGAUCGUCUAUAUUCUUGACUUUGUUUUUGGCUGGUCAUAGACUCCUGGUACUAGUAGAGGGAAUGUAAAGGUAUUGAUGGAGUAGUGCUAGCCCAAAACUUUUCUCUGUUUAAGUGGUUUAUUGUCGCUGGAAUGCUUAGUGUGCUGCUUUACAAUGUUAUCUGCUUAUGCCUUUCGAGUUCUAUAUUGUUGCGGUAAUCUCUGUAUGGGCACUUGGGCUUGCAUAAAUGUUAUGUGAACGGCUUGUUGACGUUCUAUUCAGAUAGUUCACAAUUGAGUUAUUUAUAUUA